UUUUGAAUCAAAGCAACCCAAACAUGCUACCUAGCGAAACUUGCAGCACUUGUAUCGGGCAGCGAAAGCUUUAUUUAAUGAGAAACAUGUUUUGCAGCAACUUUAGGUAAUCAUCAUUGUUAUGUUUGAGAUAUGUACUUCUUCUGUCGUUAGGUUAGUCAGUUUUUCUCAUAGUAUCCGUGUUUUCAUAGGCGGUGAAGCAGAAGUAUGCUAAGUAGCUGAAGCUACCGUGACCAGUCAUAGAGUACCAUGUUGUCUGAACUACUGCAAGGCACUGAUACUGGAGGUUUUCUCGUAAUACAAGAUUCUUCUAGUUGCACCGGUAGACACCUCCUGAAGAGCUUCAUCAAUGCUGCCUUGAACAGGGAAGAAAAUAUUCAUGUCCUUGGCUUUGAGGUCAGCGAGGAAGAGCUGGGAGAAGGAUUGAACACAUCAGCCCCUCAGAGGCUACACUUCCACAAUGCUUAUUCAGACCCCCUUGGUUGGACAGACCACUUGACUUUCACAGUUCAUCAGUUCUGUUUGGAUGAACUUACACAUCUGGUCAAACAAACAUCACAGUCCAAACCAGCUACAUUAGUAAUCGACUCUCUGUCAUGGAUAUUGAGACACCAGAGUCCGCCUGCUGUCUGCAAAACUCUACAGCAGCUGAAAAGAGGGGGAGCUGUGAGAGCUAUUAUUGGCCUGCUCCAUGCAGAUAUGCAUCAGAAGGGUACAGUGGGAAGUGUCUGCCACUUGGCUACUUCAGUCAUCACUGUAGCACCUGGAAUGAAGGGAGAUGAAGCAGUGGCAAAAAUAACAAAGCGCUCAAAAUCGGGGAAAGUUAUGCAAUACGAGGAAAUAUUCAGCAUCAAAGACGAUCUUACAGUCAUUGUACAGAGCAAGCCUAGCCAUCUUGAACACAAACAGACUGACCCUGAGGAACAGCAGAUGGACCCAACAGCUCACUUGACCUUCAACCUUCGACUGUCCGAUACAGAGCGCAAGGCCAAGGAGAAACUUGCACUGCCCUUUGUCUUCAGCAAAGAGAAAAAAACAGCUCUGCUCCACUCGGGCCAAGGUUCAGGACGAAUUCUGUAUGAACCUGAUGCCAACGACGACUAUGACCAAGAGGACCCAGAUGAUGAUCUCGAUGUGUAGGGUCAAGGCAUAAAACUUACUAAAGGCACAGAAGAUCCAUGUUUCAUGUCCUGCUUGCCAUUGAAAACAGUCCUUUGUCGUAUUUGAGGCCCAUUUCAUUCAUAUCAUUUUCAAAAUUAAUUUAGGGAACUUCAAAGAUUUACUAUAAUGUCCAGUAUAUCUGUAAGAAAUCUUUUAUCGAAAUUUAUACAAUUGUUUCACCCAUUAGUUUUUCCUAAUAUAAUUGAUCACCUUAUUUUUUAAAUAUUUUUUCUUAUUGAAUUAGAGCAUGUGUAUUUCUGGCUGUUACUUUGUACUACACUUUGCUUUUUCACAAAAUAAACAUGUAAUACACAAAA